AUGCUCUUCUCCAAGCCCAUUGUCGCCCUUGCCGGUCUUCUUUCCUCCACUACCCUUGCAAGGGUCCAAUCCCUUGAGACCGUCUACCUGGUCAACUGCGGGACUUCGUACUCCGACAUGGACUACUACGCCGAAUGCCACACCAGCUUCGCCGGCUCCUGGCCUAAAGAGCAGUGCAAGGUGUCUGGCAGCGAGCAGGACUUCCGUCUGUUGUUAUAA